CAGGAGGGUCCUAGCGAGCGGGUCCUAACAGGGGGCGGGGCACGCCAGCCCGGAAGAGACGUCGCGCCGCGCAUGCUCCUUCCUUUCCAGCCUCGGUUCCGGACUCGGCGGCUGCCAGGAUGUUGAUGCCCAAGAAGAACCGGAUUGCCAUUUACGAACUCCUUUUUAAGGAGGGAGUGAUGGUGGCUAAGAAGGACGUCCACAUGCCCAAACACCCCGAGCUCGCAGACAAGAACGUCCCCAACCUUCACGUCAUGAAGGCCAUGCAGUCUCUCAAGUCACGAGGCUACGUGAAGGAACAGUUUGCCUGGAGGCAUUUUUACUGGUAUCUUACCAACGAGGGUAUCCAGUACCUCCGAGAUUACCUCCACCUGCCCCCUGAGAUUGUGCCCGCCACCCUGCGUCGCAGCCGGCCUGAGACUGGCAGGCCGAGGCCCAAAGGUCUGGAAGGUGAGCGACCUGCAAGAUUCACACGAGGGGAGGCUGACAGAGAUACUUACAGAAGAAGUGCUGUGCCCCCUGGUGCCGACAAGAAAGCUGAGGCUGGUGCUGGGUCAGCAACCGAAUUCCAGUUUAGAGGCGGAUUUGGUCGUGGACGUGGUCAACCACCUCAAUAAAGUUGGAGGGUUUUUUAUGUGUGUUGAAUAAACUUGUAACCAGGAAAA